CACACACACACACUUGAAAGAAGGAGGGAAGGAAUGGAUGUACGUACGUAUGUGCGCGCGCGCGCGCGUGUGCAACACCUAAGCCGCUGCUACUAUAUCAGGAUUUAUUCCGCGUGAAGCUCUAACACUCCACGAACAACGUGUGAUGCUUAUUUUUCGUGUAUUUCCGGUUUUCCGAGUUGGCUAAAUGACAUGCAUUUGGAGAAAGAUGAAGAAGCUGAGGAAGCAGACCGUACGGACUCUCUCUCUGAUCCUGUGCAUGUUCUCCUACCUGCUUGUGGGCGCCGCAGUGUUUGACGCGCUCGAGUCGGAGUCGGAGAGCGCGAGGCGGCGCGUGUCCGAUCAGCGGCGCGCAGAGCUCAAGGCGCGUUAUCGCUUCACGGACGACGACUACCGCGAGCUGGAGCGUAUAGUGCUGCGCGCGGAACCGCAUAGAGCCGGGACGCAGUGGAAAUUUGCCGGAUCCUUUUACUUCGCCAUCACGGUCAUCACCACCAUAGGUUAUGGACACGCAGCCCCAGGUACGGAUGCUGGGAAAAUCUUCUGCAUGUUUUACGCUGUUCUCGGGAUCCCGCUCACUCUCGUGAUGUUCCAAAGCCUGGGUGAGCGAAUGAACACUUUUGUGCGCUUCCUGCUACACCGGGGGAAAAGGUGUCUUGGUUUCCGUCGUACGAGCGUCUCCAUGGAGAACAUGGUCCUCAUAGGCUUCCUGUCCUGCCUGGGCACCCUGUGUUUGGGUGCGGCAGCUUUCUCACACUUUGAAGGCUGGACAUUCUUCCACGCUUACUACUAUUGCUUCAUCACGCUCACGACCAUCGGCUUUGGCGAUUUUGUGGCUCUGCAGAAGACAGGCGAUCUCCAGGAAAGAACUCCAUACGUCGUCUUUAGCUUCGUGUACAUCCUGGUGGGCUUGACGGUGAUUGGAGCCUUCCUCAACCUGGUGGUGCUUCGCUUCCUCACUAUGAACACAGAAGAAGAGCGGGAACGAGCAUCGUUAAGAAGAAAAGAACGCAACUUGGGAUCUCUCGCCAACCAGAACAGCCAUAGCACGCUUUUUUUGCCAUUGGAAGAGGGGACGAGUUGCACUAACCUCAUCCCAUCGCCGGCGAACGAAUUCUACUGUCCACCGGCUCUUCCUCGACCUUCAAGUCCAUCUCGUCGGCGGUCACGUCUCAAUUCUCUCUGCUCUUGCUGCUAUCGCUUUGAUUUGUGCCCCAGCCUCAUUCCAUCUCGACCCGGCUGCAACGUCGAUUCGGUUUACUACACCGCUAUCUCUUAUCGGAUUCACGGAGGUUCCUUCACCAGAGAAAACACAGGAUUUUCUUCACCGGGAAGCACACUGUCUCCUGGACAUAGUUUCAGAGAACUGCCUCGUUUAAGGAGGAAAUCUCUUUGAUUGCGCUCAAAAACAUUAAAAGACACGAUUUACAGAUAUUAAAUGCAUAUAUUUUUGUAGCACACACAACAAUACAAGAUCUUUCACGUGAUGUAAAAUAAUCUACAUGCCGGUACAUGAGCUAAUAAUCUGAGGACAACACAGCAAACCACUCGUAGUAUCUUCCUUCACUCUUAUUAGCAACUUAUAACCUCUCAUAUUCAAAGGAAAAAUGGAUCAUACAGGUCUUACAACAGAAAAGAUGAGCGUCUGUACAUUUUCAGGGUGGACGAUCAGACUUUUUUUUUU